AUGGCGAACAAAACUAGUGUUUAUAAUGGAACAACGGAAACUAUCAAAGUCCUUUUGUUAGAUACGAAUAACCGUCAAUCUGAUCAAGUGAUAGCAGCUGGUCAAAUUUGGACAAAAGAAACUGAGUCUGGUUCUAAUACUUUAAAUAUCUUACCAUUAACAUCAGAUCAAAACUUUUUUACUUUUACUCUUGAAUCCCGUUUUGGUUUCAUUAUUCAAAGGAAACUGGGAAAAUUAGUCAUAUUACCUGCUGGAAACUCUUCAACUGAAUUAUGGCGCAAUAGGUAUUAUAUAUCCAAGCAAGAAGCUAUUUGGAAUAGUUGGUAUACAAUUCACAUGGAUGCAUUAUCAGCGAACCUAGAUAGCACCGUGUUGGACGGAAUUACGCGAGGACGCAUGGUUUUCAAUGAAUCGCAUGAAACAGUAAAAAUUUGUGUUACCGAUGAAAAUGAACGAAAUAGUCAUGCAAUUUUGAAGCACGGUGAACAUAUUAUAAUUAAAACAGCAAAUGAAUAUCUUAGUAACUGUAUGAAAGGACGUUCAAUCUGUGUAUCUGUAUUAGAUUUUAAUUCAGAUACACCGGAACAAGCAUGCUUUUCAUUAGCAAAAUGUUCGACAACUUCUUGGGGAAUACAAAACAUGCCACGCCGUAUUCCCUUCGUCCGCAUUAAUAAAAUUGAUGCACACUUUACACUUGAAGAAGAUGAGAUAACAGUCCCGUUUAAAUGUUCAAUCGAAAACAUAAAUAAAGAUACAAUGAUGCAAUAUUUAUUGGGAAAAGGAUGUUCUGAAAUACGUAAAAAUUUCAGGUGGUGUUUCGAAGUAAAACAACUUGGUGAUAAUCAAUAUACUGCUCUGGAUGGUGGGUGUCCAGUGAUGUGA